AUGGCUAGCUUACUAUUCAACUUGGUCAAGUUUCUAAAGACCAUCUCCUCAAAAAGCUUAACUAACCACAAGAUUUUCACAGCCGUUCAAAAGAUUCUACGAAAGCCUGCCCCCGAUCUGAUCUAUAAGAUUUUUUAUGCUCUUUACGACGGUGCCGAAUCACAACUUCUCGAAGCUAUCUGCCCUGCAGCUACGUUCCAGCAAGAUUUACUGCGAUACAAGCACGACUAG